UGUAUGUAGGUUACUGUGCGCGCGUCCGGGCGCGUGUACGAGCGUUGACAGAGAGCAUCUGCCUGCACACACACACACACUGGAGGAGGAGGAUGCUUCGGUUCAGACAACAGACCCGUAGCUGAAGAGGAAGCGGACGGACUCACCGAUACCAGGACCUGCCGAGCCGGAUCGGACCGGGCCGAAGCUCACCCCCGUCGGUGUGACUGCGGUGUGAGGAUGAAGAAAAGCAACCAGAGCAGGCGGGGCGUUCAGGACUUGGGUCAGCAGGCCGCACAGCAGCUGGAGAAAGUGGGCUGGAUCAGGAAGUUCUGUGGCAGAGGGAUCUUCAGAGAGCUGUGGAGGAACCGAUACAUGGUUCUGAGAGGAGAACGGCUCUAUAUCUCUGACAAGGAGGUGAAAGACGAGCGGAAGGCACAGGAAGUGUUCGACCUGGCUGAUUAUGAGCGUUCAGAGGAGCUGAGGAAAGCAAAGAGUCGCAGCAAGAAAAACCACAGCCGCUUCACUGUGCUGCGCUGCCGGCAGCCAGGAAACAACGUUCCUAACCUCGUGUUUCUGGCGGUGAGUCCCGAGGAAAAGGAAUCAUGGGUCAAUGCUCUCAAUGUGGCAAUCGUCAAAGCCAAGAACCGCAUCUUAGAUGAGGUGACCAUCGAAGAGGACAGUGCACUGGUUCAUCCCACCAGAGACCGGGCAAAGAUCCCUCAUGGCCGCCGGCUGCCAACCAGAGGACACCUCCUGGCCGUGGCGUCUACCUCUUCCCAUGGCAUGUUGACCCUUGACCUGGUUGCUGAGGAGGAUAGUUCCUCCCCAGACUACAAUGGCGACGCCCAGGAUUCAUGGGAGAACCUCCAAGUUGACCUGCAUAGGGGGGGUUCCUGUGGUCAGGUGGCAAUUGUCAAAUCUCGGGGGGUCGGAGUUCGUCAACGAGCCGACACAGACGUAUCAAAGCUGCGGGUCUCCUCCAAGGAGCCCAAGGUGAAGACUAGCAGUCUGCCCAGGGGGAGUGAGCUGUCCUGGGCCAAACACUCCCAGGUGGAGGCCACCAAGGUCCACAAGACCCAGCAGGUGCAGGUACUUCAGGCUCAGUCAUGGACACCUCAGCCGGGGAAGAGGUUCAGCAUGCAGGGCCGGAGUCGCUGUGCCUCCAUGGAUGAAGUCCUCUCCUCCAGACCAGCAAUAAUUCGGUCUGAAUUACGCUCUGUUCUGCGUCGUUGUCCAACCGAAGAGGAGGCAGGGAGCGAAGCUUCAGUGCAGCCAGUUGGCCAGCUCCAGAGCCUCAUUGCCCAGAGGAUGCAGAGAGCUCAGGAGCUGCUGGAGGAGAUGAGACUACAGGAGCUGCAAAAGUCCAAAGCAGAAAGAGAACGCGGGGGCAGCUCACCAUACCUGAAGGGCAUUGACUCCCCCCGCAUCCAUCACCUCAGGGGCUCAGACUCUCCUCACUCCAGCAGGUCAUCUGGAUCUCCAAGGAGCAGGAGCAGUGACUCUCCUCGACUCCGUGGCAAAGACUCUCCUCGUCUGAGAGGGAGGGAGUCUCCUCGAUCCAAAGCCAAGAGGAAUCGUUCCAAAGGGACUGAGUCACCUCGCUCAAGAGGAUCCCACUCACCUGCCGCUAAAGUAAAUGACUCUCCUCAACCGAGAGACUCACCUCGCCUGACUGCCACUGACUGUCCUUGGACAAUGAGUUCUGACACAGUUCGAUCACCAAAACUCAGGGGAUUGUCCAGCUUGUCUCAUUCCAACAAAGAGGAUGACUCUCCUGUACAGAUGUCACCUGAAACACCUUCAUGUUUCAGAGGGUCUGACUCCUCUCAGGUUAAAGGGUCUGAUUCACUGCAAAUCAGUGAAACCAACUCCACUCAUCUGGAAAGAUGCAGCCAGGAGUUACCCUGUCCAAGUCAGAAGAACUCCCUAAGCCUAUCAGGAUCCUCUGAGUCACCACAGCCUAAAAGCCCCGACAAACAACAGCUGUCUCCCCCUUCCUCAACUCCCUCCCUGCUGUCGGAGGAAGACUUGGAAGUGACUAACAGGCGUGCUGAGGCUGAGCGCCUCUUAGUGGAGGCUGUGUCAUCGUGGAAGGAGGCGCAGGAGGUUCUGCAGGAGGUGAAGGGGCUGCAGAGCCAGACGCUGCGCCGGCAGCGCAGGAGGACCUAUGAGAAGAUGAUGCCAGUGGUGUCUGGGUUGCCUACUUCAACAAUGGCAGCAGAUGAGUAUGACGCACCCACCUCCCCAACAUCACCUGAGGAGGACAAUGAGUCCUGAGGAUUUUUUUUUUCUUUUUUUUUACAAAGAUGUACUGAAUAAUUGAGUUUUGUCAAUGAAAGGGGCAGCAUUUUUCAGCAUGCUUAUACACGAAAGAAGCAGCAAGGAUAUGCAUAUUUUCAGAGUUUCUAAUUCUAUUCAUUAAAUGUUUUUAAACUUUUAAUCCAGGGAUGGUUGGAUGCAAAUGGACACUUAUGGCAAAUAUGGAUUAUUUUGAAACCAGCAGUCGAGUUCUUCCUUAGAGGUUUAAUGAUUUUAAUCCUCCACAGUGCACUAAACUCACUUCUGCUGCCUGUUUUCAAUCUCUUUGUGUGAUGUUACAUUUGAAUUUCAGUACAGUUUUAUCGGGGCGGCUGCCUUCACCUUCUCCAACGGUGCUGCAUGUUUUUCAUCUUUGUCUUUUUCUGCGAAAGUGAAGCAAAAAGCCUCUCUGAAGAUUUUAAAAUUUUUCAGUCCUGACCUUUUUGGAAGAGAUAUUUUGGUUUUGGUUUUUGGAGAAGAAAUAAGACACAUUUUAGUAACUUUGUCAACAUUUAUACGAUGGGAAAUUUUUUCACUGUGACAAAAACAUGAAGGCACUCAGGAGCACAAUGUUGUCUUUGGGUGUGGUGGGGGUCUUCUUUUGAAGUGAGGACAAUGGACACUGAUUACUAAGAAUAUAAUCAGUUACCUGAUUUAUUUGCUAAUUUUUGUGAAGUCUUUGUGUGUGACAGUCCUGUUAAAACAAUCUUAUACAUUUUCAGUCUUUGAUUAAGUUGUGACCCCAAAAUGUAUUCCAGCUCACCGGAAACAGAUUUCAUGUUUGUUAAGCUCAGACAAAAUCAGGGAGCGUUAUACAACAAAGAGAGAAUAAGCAAUAAUGUCAGUAAUGUCGUUAUGCUGAACAGAACUCAAGAUUAAUUUACACAUAGUGAAGAAUAAAAUACACGCGUCAUGGACAUAACAGAUUGAUUUAAGUCUCACGAACAUACAUGAGGAAUUUCACGUGUUGCAGAUGACAUUUGAUAAAUGAAAUUCAGACGUCAUGGACAAAUGGUAUAGUGAAUAUUGUUUCAUUUGGGACAUUUUACAGUGUAAAAAUCAUCCUGGACAAACUCUGUAACGCAGACACAGUAAACUAACAGUUUAUAAUCUCUCUUUCUUAUUAGCCGACAAACACAUCAACAUCACUUCAAACGGCUGAUAUCUGCUGUCAUCACAGACAUACUUAAAUACUGUAGAAAGUAUUUAUGGUACAUAAACAGUACUUCAGUACUUUAGUUCUGUAUCUGUGGUCUGUUGACAUAGAGUGAAUUACUUUAUUUAUACUGACAAACAUGAAAUCUAUACACAAUUAGAAAUAAAAGGAAAUCAUUUUCAGCUUCAGCAGGACACUGAAAUGUUUUCUCAAUUAAAACUUUUAUUUUAAACUGUGCUUUUUAUAAAAUGAGAAUGAGAUCAAGAGCUGCCAGUGGAUCAACUCUUUUUACUGAUCAAAUAUCAGCUGUUAAACAUCAGUAAACUGAUAGACAGUCUUUAUUUCAGUCACGUUUAUGUUGGUUGUUGCUGCUGUAACUUUAAUUUAUCAGUUUGUGUCAGUCAGUUUUUCGUCUCUUCACUGUUCAGUUUGGUGUUUGUACACAUUGACUACAUUCAGAUGAACUCAGUCUGUGAUGAGUUGAACCUUACAGGCUCAUCGUGCUGUGACUGAUGUCGCUGAAGGAAAAUUUACAACAGAGUGUCCAAAAAAGUUGGCUCACGUGUUGAAGGCAUCAAAUUCGGACUGAGUGUAUGUUUACACAAACCAAUAAAGUUUCUAUUUGAACAAUAAA